GCCAAUGGCCGCCCCCGGAGAAGAGGACGCCUCUGAGGCGUGUGGGAUGAGAGGCGGUACCUGCGCGCGGCGAGGUGCCAGAGAGCGAGUCGUGCACACGCCGCGUGCCGCGGACGGGCCAGGGAGCGAAGCCGGGGGGCGCAGCGAGUGACUGCGAAGGAAUGGCCCAGCCCCAGCCCCAGCCUGCCCCGCGGAGCUCCGCGCCGCCCGCGUACAUCCACGCCCUGCCCGCCUGCGUGCUGGAGGAUUUCUGCCACAAGAUGGACUGUCUGAACGACUACGACUGGAUGCGCUUCGCCUCCUAUGUGAUAACUGAUCAGACAGAGCUGCGGAAAAUCAAGUGCAUGGAGAAGACGGGAAUCAGCAUAACGAGAGAGCUCAUGUGGUGGUGGGGAGUGAGGCUAGCAACAGUCCAACAGUUACUGGAACUUCUCCAAGCACUGCAGCUCUACCGAGCAGCACAAGUGAUUCUGGACUGGGUAUCAGUCUCUAAUAUUACUAAUCCUGCCAGAGUGCCAUUAGAGUCACCUAAACAGGAGAACAUACCCUGUUAUCCCACAGAAAACAAAAAUAAAGCCAAAGAAAAUGAGAUUGGACCAUCACCAGACUUACCACAUUUGCAUGUGUUAGCAGCACCUAAUCCAGUUUCUGGAGGAAUCUCAGACUCACUCCCCUAUCCACUACCUCCCCCAGAGGACCUUAUGCACUCCCUACAAUCAAAUCCUCCUUGUUCAUCGAGUGUGAAGCCCUGUGGUUCUUCCACUCCUCAGCAGGAAUCGAUUGCUGAUCUCCCUAGUGGGAGCCUUUUGUGGACCCAGGGGGAAGUGAUAAAUGCUACCAAUGGUUUCAGUGAGGAGAACCGAAUUAAUGAAGGUAUUUUUGCUGAGGUCUACAAAGGUCAGAGACACAAUGCAGUAUACGUCAUUAAAAGGCUCAAAGAGAUGGAAUGUACAAGCCAGAAUUCAACACGAAGAUUCUUUCAUACAGAAGUACAGAUUUGCUUUCGGUGUUGUCACAUUAACAUUUUACAACUAGUGGGUUUCUCGCUAGAAAGUGGAUAUCACUGUCUGAUAUACCCCUACAUGGAUAAUGGAUCACUUGAAAACAGACUACAGUGUCAAGUUGGUUCCAUGCCAUUAACAUGGGAGAAACGCAUCACAAUUUCUAUAGGACUUAUCCGAGCCAUACAGUAUCUCCAUAACUUUGGGAUUCUGCAUGGGAAUGUCAAGAGCUCCAAUGUUUUGCUGGAUGAAAAUUUCACACCAAAACUUGGACAUUCAGGUCUCCGACUAUAUUCUGUAGAAAAAAAAUCAGACUAUGCUAUGAUGAAAACCAAAGUUUUACAAGCUUCCCUCACUUAUCUGCCAGAAGAUUUUGUCAGGCAUGGACAGCUAACACAAAAAAUUGACAUCUUUGGUUGUGGAAUAGUUUUAGCAGAGAUGCUGACGGGCACUAAGGCAAUGGAUGAAGGAAGAACCCCUAUUUAUCUGAAAGAUGUAAUUGCUGAUGAAAUUCAAACAGCAAAAGCAAGUUCAUGCUCCAAGCACAAAACCUUUGAAAAUCUUGCUGCCAAGGAAAUAUGCUGUAAAUAUCUAGACAGGAAGGUGGGACACUUGCCAUCAGAAAUUGCUGUUCACUUUGCCACUGCCAUCUGCCUUUGUCUGCGGAAAAAGAAUCCUGACAUAGCAGAGGUGCAUGAAAUGAUGGAAAUGGCUGAACAUAAAAUAAGAGAUCACAGCCUUCUUGAAGGCAGCACUUUUUCUGGAUUCUCCAUUAAUACCCCAGAAGAAACAGAUGACGAGACAGCUAGUCACAAUUAUGGUUCUUCAGGUGAUAGCAAUGAGGACAGUGCAACAGCAAGGCCUCUGAAGUGUGUAAAUUCAUCCCCACCUUUACUAAGAGUCAUGCCACCUGAAAUGUACAAUGGACAGAUGUCACGGGUCCCUUGUGAAUCGGAUGAAUCGAGUAGUUUUGUAUGGGAUCCUGAGGAGGGUUCUGCAUAUGGCCCACCUAGCAGUAGCUGUACUGAUCCAGAAAAUGCCACAUCCUCUCAUUCCGGGAGAAAUGCUGAAAUAUGUACUGGUGGCUUCCAAGAAAAAAAUGUGGCAUCCAGUGAAAAUAAAAAGACUUUGGAAAUGUUAUCUCCUGCAGAAAGAAUGGUUUCUUCAACCAAUGCAAACUUUGACCCUUCAUGUUCUUCACAAGGAUUAGCCAAAGAAACCUCUUGGGAAAUAAAGAUCAAUGAUAAAAAAAAGAAGCUUAUGGAAAAUAUUUUACUAUAUGAGGAACAAAAGUUAAACAGCUCUGAACUCUUUGAAUCUCAGAUAUGACUGAAUUAUCAGCAGUGGCAUCUUGGAAGAAGAAAUUGGGAAUCUUUUUCUGGUGGCAAAAUGGUAAAAGCUAAACCACACACUUCAUGUAAGGUUAAGUAGUAUGUUUUCAACAGACAUGUUAACUCUCUUUGGAGAAAAAGAAUAGCCACAUCUCAGGUGAUUCCAAGAGAAUGUCUGUUACAGUGUGGAUUAAAGCAGAAUGCAACUUUUAUUAUCAGAAAAAUUAGCAUCGUCAUCUUUCUCCUUGCCUUACUGUGCUGAAAAAAAUUAAAAAUUGGCAAACCGAGACAAUUGCCUGAAUUGGCUUAGGGCAAGCUCUGUUUUGCACUGCACUUCAUAAAGCAUUUGUGUACAGUAUAUUUCUUUUACGAAAAAUUAGGAUCCUGCACAAUGUACAGCAGGCAUUCAUUACAUACUAGUUGGCAGUACUCUGUAAUAUCCAUUGCAUCUAGCAUACACAGGGUGAUCAGUGGGAACUAUUUUCAUUUUUUCAAAACAAAGUAAAUAAAAAUGUACCUAGUUUCAUAUAAUCGUAUUCCACAUUCUCCAUU